AUAGCAUCUGCAGAAAGGUCAAACUGUCCAUGAGUCCCAUACAUCGCUCCUGGGCAAAACCAAUACAGCACCAGCCACAGAGAGGCUUCUCCAGCAGGGAGUUGUGGUGCCUGGAAAUCCUCUCUAUACUCAUUCCUGCUCGUUAAUCUUUGCAAACCACGUUUGUCCUCUAAGUGCAUCUUGCAGAUUCAGAGUAGUGAGGUGAAGCUUCUCCCCCUGGUCCCAUUGCUAACAUGCAGCCCAGCAAAGAUCAUGGGAGUGAGAUCACUGUGUCCGCUUCUCAAGAUAUGGGAGAUGAAUUUCUUGGGAUGAGGAAAAGAUGCUUGAACUUCAUGCAUCCCCCCUGCAGUUGCAGCCCUCUGGAUAAGGAGCUUUCAAGUGCUGUGGAGAACUUGCCGGCACAGCCGCAGAAGGAGUCACUGUCUGCCACAUGUAUUCACUCUUCCAUUUGCUCCUGCCCUGGGGGAAAAGACUUUGAGAAGAUGGAGAACCAGAGGGGAGCACUCUUGGGAUCCGUCCGCUGGGAAGGAGAAGAGGAAGGGGAUGAAGAGGAUGGGGUAGCUUCUGGUGUUUCUCCUUCCAGCCAAAUGAGCAAACUGAAAGAUGUGCAAGUGGAGAUGCUCGAGAAGGCAAGGGAACUCUUCCAGCUGUGUGACAAGGAUGAGAAGGGUUUUAUCACCAAGGUGGAUAUGCAGCGGCUCCAGAGUGAACUGCCCCUAACCCUGGAACAGCUGGAGACUGUUUUCAACAGCUUGGAGCAGAACAAUAAGGGAUACCUGACGCCUGUGGAGUUCAGUUUGGGACUAGGAAAAUUACUAGGGAUUGAAUUGUGUCAGGGGGCUGGGAGAAUGGAUCACUCCAGGCACGAGGAGACCUUUGAGUCAGGCUGGUCAGAUGAGUUAGACGCUGCAGACGAUGAAGAGAGACGAUUCUGUUCCAUGAUGGAGCAGCUUGGAGCAGCUCAGAUGUUUGAAGAUCCACGUGAGCUUCGGGAGCUCUGGGCUCGGCUACGAAAGGAGCGUCCUGAGCUCUUAUCCAAUUUUGAAGAGUUUCUGCUGCGUGUUUCAUCAUACAUAAGGGAGGUGAAUCACGAGAAGGAGUCCAUGGAACAAGCAUUGAAGCAGAAGGAGACAGACCAUGACCGGGAAGUCAGGUGCCUUUACGAAGAAAUGGAACAACAGAUCAAAGCAGAAAGGGAGAGGCUGAUCUGCCAGGAAGCACUGAGACAUGACAGGAGUAACCUGCUCCAGAAGGAACUGCGCAGCAAAGAGCAGGAGCUGGAGAAAAUCCUUUACCACCAGAAGAAGCUGGAACAUCAGCUGCAGUCGCUGAACUCGGAGCAGCUGGAGACCCGUGUGCAGAAUGAAAGGCUCCGGCACCUGAAUGAAAACCUGCUGGAAGAGGUGGAGAAAAGCAAAUGGGAGCUGGAGGCGGUGAAGGGGCAGUUACAGAAGCUCCAGAAAGAGGCUCAGCUUGAGCAAGAGCAGAAGGACAGGGAUGUGUUUAGAGUCUCCAAGAACAUGCAGAAAGAGAAACAAAGCCUUCUUCGGCAGCUGGAACUCCUCAGAGAGAUGAACAAGAAACUUCGAGAUGAGCGAGAUGCUUUUGAAGCCAAGAAGCUGGCACCUGAGAACAAAAAACCCCUGUUGAAGAAAGGGUCAGUGCUAGGCAGUUACCUGCUGGAUGACAAGCCGGUCAAACGACAGCUGGCCUCUGCGGACCUUCCCUUCACCUUCCCGGAGGAUGUGGCAGUGGAAGAACCCAACAAAAAGAACUGUAGAUACAUCCCAGGCAACAGGAUGUGCCUGAAGACAGGAGAAGGAGGCAGCACAAACUUCAGAGAGAAUAGUGGAGACACGGAGAGGUGGUCAUUGGUAGCAGAUGCUGAGUGGUUGAAGAUGACUUUGAAGGGUGAUGCUGACUGUAGAAAAAAUGCAGAUGGAUUAGAUGAUGCUCCGUUGCCUCCUAGAGGACAGCCUGUUGGCACCGAAACCAGGCUCCAGGCACUGGAACCAGCUGGCUGUUCCCCAGACCGCAUCUUUAAAGUGGUGUUUGUAGGAAACUCUGGUGUUGGGAAGAGUUCCUUCAUCCACCGCUUCUGCUAUGACAGGUUCUUGGCUGAGCUCAAUGCAACCAUUGGUAUCGAUUACCAAGUGAAGAGUCUGAUGGUGGAUAACACCCAGGUUGCCUUACAGCUGUGGGAUACAGCUGGACAAGAAAGGUUCCGCAGCAUUACCAAGCAGUAUUUCCGGAAGGCGGACGGGAUUCUGGUGAUGUACGACAUCACGGCCGAGUGCUCCUUCAGGGCGGUGCGGAACUGGAUGAGCAGCGUCCAGGAAGGUAUCGAGGAUGGGGCUGUGGUCUUUCUGCUUGGAAAUAAAAUGGAUGCUGCGCAGAGGGAGACCCGGAAUGUGCCCAAGGUGGAAGGAGAAAGGCUGGCAAAGGAGUACAAGGCUGUCUUCUACGAGUGCAGCGCGAUGACUGGCUAUAACAUCAUGGAGCCCAUGCUGCACAUGGCCAGGUUGCUGACAGCACAAGAAGACAGGCAGAGGGAGAAUGCCCUGCAGCUGGAAGAUAUCAGCAGGAGGAAAGGGUGCUGCACCUAAGGCACAUCAACGUGUCAACAAGAGACGUGUACCAACACUAUUCCGUGAAGCUGGGGUUCCUUUCAAGCAAGCCAAACCUGAUGGUGUCAGCUCGGCAGAGACUUGGGGAAGCUGAAGCUUUUCCCCAUCUGGGAAUUUCAAGCCACUAAAUCAGGCCAAAUUGUGCAUAUGAUCUGCCCUGUUCCAUUUCCAGCUUGGCACACAGCCCUGGUCUCUGAAGGCCUCUGCUUCCUGGGGGAAAUUUGGCUGGUCUUGGCUAAUUGCACGAACCGAGCCUUCCGUCCGGAGAGUUUGCUGCCCUGUGAAAGGAUGAAGUCUUGUUCCUUCUUUUUCUGGCAAAGAAGUGGCCAAGCAGCAGAGAGCAGAGGAUGCAGUGGGUGCUGUGUUAAAUAUAAUUGUAGUGUAACAGGUAAAGAAAUUAUUUUAAAUUGGGGCUAGCUCUAGGUAGCGAUCCAUCCAUCUCAAAGCGCAGCAUCUCUUGGUUCCGUAAGAGCAGAGCCCCGCGGAAAGCCUGCUCUUGUGGUAAGCAGGAAAACCUCCAGCGGUUCCUGUAAGAUCUGGAUCAGGCCCUGUAUUUACUGUGAAAUUAAGAUCUGGAUCAGGCCCUGUAUUUACUGUGAAAUUUGUUUUGACUUACCAAAAUUGUAGUUUACUCAUUCCCUAUGUGGAUAAUAAUUUGUAUGGAUAAAAUGAGUCAUCCUGACGGUUUUUUCCCUUUGUUACCCUAAUGGACCUUGUCACUGUCCCUCUCUUACUGUUUACAGAACACAGAGCAGUUGCCCAGGGACUCGCAGGCGCUGGCAUGUGCUGCUGAUUCAUGACCCCUUGCAGGAGCUGUGCUGUACGUACUAGGGGGUUGUAUUAUAGCCUGUUUUAAGGCUGAACACUGCCUGUUUCCUCCCAUUCUCUUCUUUCCUGAAAAAUCUCCAGCAACUAGGAGGAAGCACCUGCAGUACUGGAAGAUCCCACCCCGCUAGCCCGACCACAGUGCUUUCCAGUGGGCUGGAAGCACAGGGCAGCUGCGGGUGCAAAAGGUGUGGAGCAAGGUGUUCUCUCUUGGGGUGACCUUGUGCAGUAACCUCGCUGUGCCAAGGAAGGGCCUGAGGAAGAGCAGGACUGAACCUGUUCCCAUCGGGAAGGGGCCUCCUUGGCACUGAGUGGGGGGGCAUGGCAGGGCAAGGAGAGGCGUGGGCUGCGGUGGAACUGAUGCCUGAAGCUGCCUCUCAGCACAGCUGCUGCCGUGCCUGCGCACCAUGCACUCUCUGCGCUGGCAUGCUUGCUGUGUUGUAGCUCGGUUGCUCUUAAAGCCUUGUGGGACUAAGUGAGCUUUUUUUGUGAUGCCCUGUUCCCUUUUGUCGUUGAGCCUGUUUCUGUAUGUGACUUUGACGUUCUAGGCGCGUGACGUGAUGCUGCAGCCAUGUCGCAGCCCCCCUCAGCAGGAGAGGGAAGGUUUGUGUUUAUCCACUGUCUUUCCUCUCUUGGGAUAAGGCGGUUACUCUCAAUAGCUGCUUACUCCACCAACGUCUCUGGGAAUCUCGCAUGCAGGAAAACUGCUCUGAGUCACCUACAGCCCAUCAGUGUUACACAAAAUUUCCAUGGUUCCUCCCAGUGCCUGUAACUUCCUCUUUCCUAUCAGGACUAUUCCUCUGGAAGAGCAGGAUUCCUGACUAAAAGGAAUAGCUAAAAGCGGCAAGCCCUGCUCGGUCCUUACUGCUGGCUGGCUGUGGUUCACGCUGUGUUUAACUGCAGUAACGCCUUCCAGAGACUGGGAAUCAGAAAGUUAAAGAGGUCUAGAAGGAAGCGGGGCAGCUGGUGUGGAGCCAGCAGUAACCCCAGCAGCGCUGCCAGUGGAACUGCCUGUGCUUGCAAGAGUGAUGUUUGGCAAGGGAAAUCCUCUCUCUUUUCAGAAAACACCUGUAACCUGAACACAGAUGUGGCUUUCUGCCUUUCUAGCCAGGGUGGGUGUGAAGGAGCACAGGCGUUGACCCCUGCUGCACAGGGCAAGCCCACCACCUGAGCUGGGGGAGCUGCUGUCAGUGGUUCCUCUGCAUCAUGCUCCAGCGGCACGUUAAUACGGAGUGGUGCUGACCAAGAACUGGCAUCUUUGGUUGGGGCACAUCAGAAAUGCUCAUGGUUACGUACCUGCAGCAGCAGGACUUGGGAAGUUGCUGCAGAAGGAAGAGAGCAGUAGCCACUCUGCUGUGGUGGUCUGAACGUGCACCUCCCAUGCCGUGUACAGAGACAAAGAUGUAAAAUACAGCUGACACAAAUUUGGGCUGGUCUAUGUAUUGCCUUUAUCAGCGCUGUCAUAUUGCAACAGCAAGAACUACCACGUGUUGUUUUUUUUAUGUACAGCCUUAAGCAUGUUUUCUUAGUGUGCAAGCAGAGUACAGGCAAUAAAGAAACACUGUCUUACAAA